AUGCCAGUACUGAAGUAUGCUGGGACAUUCAUUUGCGUGGAGGAGGAGAAAAGGAUGGAGAAGCGAACCAGAAGCGUGCCGCCUGUAUUGGAAAGGCCGUCUCCAUCAAGGACCCAAAAGUACUUGUCUUCGUUGGAAUCUCGCGCAGAUGCUUUGUCCUUCCUUCCGGAGAAGCCGACAAGCAAAUCCACAGAAGGGCCGGCUUCGGAAGCCGGUGCUACUCAGAACGAGAUGCCGCAGUCGAUUUCACCUUCUACGGGCAGUAUUGGUCAUCCAGAAUUCUGUCGAAAGCCUUGCAUCCUCUUCAAGCAUGGUCAUUGUUACAAAGGUGCGAAUUGCGAAUAUUGCCACUGCAACCACACCGGGUAUGUCAAGUUGGACAAAUAUCAGCGUGAAACGCUCCACGCUCUUUCGCCGCCACUUCGAGUCAGUGAUGUGAUGUCUCAAAACUAA